AUGUCGAAAAUGAAGAUUAAAGUUAUAAGUCGUAAUCCAGAUGACUAUCUACGUGCUACAAAGCGGGAUAUCCACAAACUACCUCGGAACUAUGAUCCAAGUUUGCAUCCUCUGGAAGCACCGCGUGAAUAUGUUCGUGCAAUGAAUGCUGUUAAACUUGAGAGAGUGUUUGCUAAACCCUUUAUAGGUAACCUAGAUGGACAUAGAGACGGUGUCUCCAGUCUUGCCAAACAUCCUAGUAGACUUGCAGUUCUGGCUAGCGGAGCUUUUGAUGGAGAGAUUCGUUUAUGGGAUUUAGCUGUAAGAAAAUGUACAAGGAAUUUUGUUGCUCACGAAGGCUGGGUGCGUGCCCUAUGUUUCACACCCCAAGGAGACACAUUUACGAGUGUUGGUGAUGACAAAACUAUUAAAACAUGGAAAUCUGAAGUUCAAUCUUCUGUUGAUGAAGAACCUGUGAACACUUUGCUCAGUAUGUCAGUAGUCACGGGGGUCACUCAUCAUAGAAGUAAGCCAAUAUUUGCUACAUGUGGUGAACACUGUCAGUUAUGGGAGAAUACCAGAAACGAGCCAGUGAAGGUAUUCAAAUGGGGUGUAGACAGCUUACAUCAUGUCUCUUUCAAUCAGGUGGAGCAAAACUUGCUAGCAUCAUGUGCGAGUGAUAGGAGUGUAAUUUUGUAUGAUUGUCGUGAAUCUGGACCAUUGAGGAAGGUUGUUAUGGAGCUAAGGUCAAAUGCCCUGUCUUGGAAUCCAAUGGAAGCCUUCAUAUUUACAGUAGCAAAUGAAGAUUACAAUUUAUACACCUUUGAUGUAAGGAAACUAAAACAACCAAUUAAUGUUCAUAUGGGACACACAUCAGCUGUAAUAGAUGUGGAUUAUGCACCGACCGGAAGAGAGUUUGUAGCUGGAAGCUAUGAUAAAACUGUGAGGAUAUUUGAGAGUCUCAAAGGAAACUCGAGGGAUGUUUACCACACAAAGAGAAUGCAAAGACUGACAUGUGUGAAAUGGACCUUAGACAACAAAUACAUACUUUCUGGUUCAGAUGAAAUGAACAUUAGAAUGUGGAAAGCUAGAGCAUCAGAAAAACUUGGUGUGCUCAAACCACGUGAAAGAACAGCAUUGAACUAUGCAGAUUCAUUAAAGGAGAAGUUUGCCAACCAUCCACAAGUCAAACGUAUAGCACGUCAUAGACAUGUACCGAAACACAUCUUGAAUGCUCAGAACGAAAUUAGAACUAUCAAACAGAAGGCCAAGAGGAAAGAAGGCAACCGGCGGGCACACAGCAAACCAGGCGCCAUUCCAUUCGUGCCAGAACGACAAAGACAUAUUGUUAAGGAAGAUGAAUAA